CUCUCUUGCGCUACAGGGAGCUGAUGCCACGAACUCUGGAAGGCCAGCUCACCAUGGAGAAAACACCCAGCUACUUCGUGACCGGCGAGGCGGCCGGGCGCAUCCACGCCAUGGCCAAGGACACCAAGCUGAUCGUGGUGGUUCGGGACCCAGUGACACGGGCGAUCUCCGACUACACGCAGACCCUCUCCAAGAAGCCCGAGAUCCCCACCUUCGAGGUGCUGGCCUUCAAGAACCGGACUCUAGGGCUGAUCGACGCCUCCUGGAGCGCCCUCCGCAUCGGCCUCUAUGCGCUGCACCUGGAGAGCUGGCUCCAGUACUUCCCGCUGGCCCAGAUGCACUUUGUCAGCGGCGAGCGGCUCAUCUCGGACCCCGCGGGGGAGCUGGCCAAGGUGCAGGCCUUCCUGGGCCUGCGGAGGGUGGUGACCGAGAAGUACUUCCAUUUCAACCAGACCAAGGGCUUUCCUUGCCUCAAGAAGCCGGAGGAGAGUGGCGCGCCCCGGUGCCUUGGCAAGUCCAAGGGCCGGACUCACCCGGUCAUCGACCAAGACGUCAUUCAGAGGCUGCACAAGUUUUAUAAGCCCUUUAAUGUCAUGUUUUACCAAAUGACAGGCCAGGAUUUCCAGUGGGAGGAGCAGCAGGCUGGGAUGUGAUGCAGCCGUGGCAAACGAAGCGGGUUUUUCUCCAGAGAUCCUCCUGCAGUGACAAAAGCCUGACUUGACUUCCGAGGGCCAACUGCCCCCUGACCCCAGCAUUGGGGAUGAGGGCUCAGCGGACUGAAGAGGCAGCCAAAGCUUUGGGGGGUCCCUUUGGCCCCUGAUUCCUCCCACUUUCUGAGACCAGGAAGGCGCCCCGAGAGCCCCCAGCCCUGCCCUGGAGACCCCUCUGCUGUCCCGAGAGAAGAGGGGGCAGCUGGGCGUCCUUGCUCCCCAGCUGGGGAAGAAGAGCCAUUUCACACGUCCUGCAUCCUGUGCUG